AAAGAGAAUUUAGAGAGGAAGAGAGGAGGGCUUUCAUUUCAUCAUCUCUGUCUGUCAAGAUCCUCCUAAUCAAGACCAAGAUAACAGACACACACUCUUACCCAACUACAAUCACCAGAGGGAGACCCUUUUUCUUUUUUCCUAUUUCAAGAGGGGGUAUUUGAGGGUUCUGUCCCCAACCAGAUUUAGGAACCACAAGUGUUUCUCUGUUUCGUUACUAAACCCAAAAACUGUAAAGGAAUUCCCUUUUUUUGUGUUCUCAAGGUCUCAAACUGUUGAUUUUCUUUUGGAACCCUAGUUUUGAGACCUUAGAUUUUGCAGUUUUUUCCACUGUGGUGCGAGUUAUUGAGAGUUGAAGACCUGAUUGAGGUACCCUUUAUUCUCAAUUUUGUUUACCCCCAAAUUCAAUUUACCGGAUACCCCCUUGCUAAAAUUUUGCAUAGCCUGCAUUUCGGGUUCAAAACCCUAAAACAGAGUAAAACAGAGGGUGAGAUCGAAUUAUGACGACUCGUGGAAGCAGAUCGGAGAAAGUGAAGAGAAUAUUUCAGCAAUUCGAUACGAACCGGGAUGGGGGGCUAAAUCGGGAGGAGAUGGCGGCUUUGGUUGUGGCCGUGAACCCUAGGGUUAAAUUCAGCGACGAGCAAAUUAGUGCAAUUCUCGACGAGGUUUUCCGUACGUAUGGAGAAUUCAUCGACGGUGAGAAAGGCCUCACAUUUGACGGCCUUCUCCGGACUUACGACGACGGAGCUGGUGAUGUGGACCGAGAUUUUGAUGCCCUUGGCCUCGAGCUUAAACCGUUGGAGGAUAAGAAUGGGAUUUCACAAGCAUCCGAAGAGGCCGCCUCAUCUUCUUCUGUUGCAGAUGAGCGUGUAAUGGAACCCCAUAAGAAGCAGCGUACUGCUGCCUGGGCUGCUUCUCCCAACCACGGUAUUGUCUUUGACGAUACAUGGAAGCUUGUUGAUGAUCUAGAGAUUUUAAUUAAGAGGUUGAAAGCUAAACAGUUGAAGGACGGGAAGAUAAAAAAUGAUAAUUCAGAUGUUUUCUCAGAUCCUGGAUGGUCUAGGGAGCUUGGCCCAUCGACUGAGAUUUCAGAUAAGAGAGUGAUUUGGAAUGAGUCGGGGCCUGAUUAUGCAGCUUUUGUGAAAGAGUUGGGGGUUUUGAGGUCGAGGGCAGAUAGGGCACGGUCAAGAGCCGAGGCGUUUGAUGGGCAAAUGGCCAUCGGUCGUGUUUUAUAUGAGCAUUAUCUAUUCAAGGAGGCUUUGGUGAGUUUUAAGAGGGCAUGUGAAUUGACACCAUUCGAUGUGAAGCCGCACUUUAGAGCUGGGAAUUGUUUGUAUGUGCUUGGGAGGCAUAGCGAGGCCAAAGGGGAGUUUCUGCUUGCAUUAGAGGCAGCAGAGGCUGGUGGGAAUCAGUGGGCAUAUUUGUUGCCUCAGAUUCAUGUGAAUUUGGGGAUUGCACUAGAAGCUGAAGGUAUGGUUCUUAGUGCUUGUGAGCAUUAUAGAGAGGCUGCUAUUUUGUGUCCCACUCAUUUUAGGGCUCUGAAGCUUUUAGGGAGUGCUCUUUUUGGUGUUGGAGAGUAUAAGGCAGCUGUUAAGGCCUUAGAGGAGGCCAUUUAUAUGAAGAAUGAUUAUGCGGAUGCACAUUGUGAUCUGGCUUCUGCUUUGCAUGCAAUGGGCGACGAUGAAAAUGCAAUUAAGGAGUUUCAAAAGGCAAUUGACCUAAAACCUGGCCAUGUGGAUGCUCUGUACAAUUUGGGAGGGCUAUAUAUGGAUAUGGGUAGGUACCAGAGGGCAUCGGAGAUGUACACUAGGGUUUUGGGUGUGUGGCCAAACCAUUGGAGAGCACAGCUAAAUAAGGCUGUCUCUUUGUUAGGAGCCGGAGAAACUGAGGAAGCUAAGAAGGCUCUGAAAGAAGCUUUAAAAAUGACGAACAGGGUGGAAUUGCACGAUGCUAUAUCACACUUGAAGCAGCUGCAAAAGAGGAAGUUGAGGGGGAAUGGUAAUGGUAAUGGUGAGGCAGCCUUCAUUACCGUAGAGCCCUCAAAAUUCAAGAUUGUGGGUGAGAAAACCACAUUGAGAACAGAACUCGCUAUUGCACUGGAUAUCAGAGCCUUUCAGAGGAUAACUAGAUUGAAUCGGUGUGUGGUUGAACUAAUAAAGAAGGAAAUGAGUGAAGGGGAUGUGCCAGUCUCUUAUUCAGGGAGCGGUGUACCUGAGAAGUCAAUACGCAAGGCUUCAUUGGAAGGGAUUCUUUGCAAGUUGCUUAAUUUCUUGAAGCCUGAAACUUUUGUAGGAGCCGUCAAAGCAAUAAACCAGAAAAUCCUGGCUGUGUUGGAUGAUUCAGAAUCAGGUAGGGUGGAUCUGGGCAUGUUUUUUGCUGUUCUUGCCCCUCUCUGUGGUGGCUCCCCAGACAAGAGAAAGCAGAUUGCAUAUGAAUCACUUUUAUGGCGACCCGUGAAUGAAGGUAAUACACAGAUAAAGAAGUCUGACGCCCAGAGAUAUAUCAAACUCUUGAGGGCCAUCUACAUUCCUUCCCAUGGGAUUAGUGAAAUAUUGGAAAUCCAUGGAGAAACAGAUAACUCAUUGGUUUCAUUGACAGAGUUUGUCACCAUGUUUGAUGAUCCAGAAUGGGGCUUUAGCAUAAUGUCUACGUUAUUGAAGCUUGAAACUGGGGAUAGGAGUCGGCAUGGCCGCCAUGUUUGUGGUACCUGUCGCUAUCCCAUCAUUGGUUCUCGUUUCAAGGAGAUGAAAUCCCACUUUAGCUUGUGUAGUCAAUGUUACUGUGAAGGGAAAGUGCCUUCUUCUUGCAAGCAAGAAGAGUACAGAUUUAAAGAAUAUGCAAACGAGGCAGAAGCUGUGAAGGAUAAAUGCUUGUGGUUUGGUUCUAAAGGCUCCUCUCCUGCUGCUUCCUAGCUUCUCAUGUGAAAAUCUUUCGGAUAAUCUCUUAACAUGUCGCAGUUAAAUUCAGUUUUUCAGUGUGAAUUACUACUAUAUAACUUGUGGAAUGAUUUUAGAGGUGCUCUUAAUUCUGUGCCUUUGUACAAUAAACCCUUUGAAGCUUGACCCUGAAUUCUUUGUUCUUAUGUAGCAAUCAAUGUAGAAGGUUGGGUGGUGUUGCUUUCUCUGACUUCCUUACGAGGUUUUUGAGUGAGUCUAUUUAAAAUCAAUGUAAAUUUUGUAUUAAUCUAUUGAGUUUGUACUGUCUGUCUCUGUUUCUCUGUCAUCUAUUUGGUGUGAUCACCAUAUACAGGUA